UUGAUUUUUGGUAAAGACAAAUGAGUCUUAUUCCUCUUGUAGGAUCAAUUUAAAGAGUAAUUUAACACUGUGCUGUAAAGCUGCCCUCUGGUUGGAUGUUAUACUGAUAUGACAAAAAUACUGUAUUGUGAAUUUAUCAUUUAUUAUUCUGUAAAAAUGAAGAAAAAAAAUACUUUUGCUUCAAAAACUUUUCAAAUUAAAUGUAGUCAAUGUCAAUCACCACGUGUUAAGGUAUAGUAUGUGAUAUGUGCUAUGCUUGUUGGGUAUAAUGCUAUUGUGGUAAGUAUAAUAUGGAGAGCAUAUGUGGUAUUUCUUUAUCAAAAAUGUUACCUAAGCUCAAACACACUUGUGUCUUAACUUCAAAGUUGAGAGUUCUUUUACUUCCUUUCUAGGACACUUCAUCAGCUCAUGUGCUUUUAAGGUAUUUUAGGUAGUUUGAUGUCAGUGUCGCCUCGUCCCCCCCACCCCCCUCUCUUCAGUAUAGUUUCCCGACUGCAACACUGUUACUCAGACCUCUCUAUCAUCAUGGGUCAGUUGACACUGUGUUAUGUUCUGCUCCUGCCACUGUGUUUGGGUUUUGACUCUGAAGUGACUCUUGUGAAAACCAUCAGGAGAGAACCAGAUGUUACUCCGAUAUGCACCAAUACAACUUUGAGUCCCAUCACACUUCUAGUGUGUAAGAUCAGAACAGAGACGAGCGGUGGAGAAGAGUGUCGUCUGCUGUAUCGAUAUGGACAGGACUUUGAGAACCAAUGUGACUCCAGAUUCACACUUAUGAUGGAGAAUCAGACUGUAUUUCUCCACCUGACCAGUUUAACACCAGUGGAUUGUGGGAACCACACCUGUGAGUGUACACAUCCUGAGGGAACAUACAUUCUCCAUCUGAAUAUCACUGUGGAAGCGGAUGAAGAUGCCAGCAGUUCUACGGAAAUGCCUUUCCACAAUGCUGUAAUUAUUGGUGUAAUUAUAUUCUUCAUGAUAACUGGAGUUAUCCUCGGAUGUAUCCACAGAAGAAAUCACCACAGAAGACGAUCAGAAGCGCUGACAAGUCACGCAAACACGGAACCAGAAGACAUUGAGCCGUACAGCACCUACAUACAGAAAGAGAACGAACUUUACUCAACUGUCAUAUAUCAUUGAAUGUGUUUACCUGAUACAAAUUGAAAGAUGCUUUUGAAGAGUUUUAAUUACAUAAUAUCUACUCCGAUGUGAUGCAUGUAUCCGACUGAAUUGCUGUAAAGCAGGAUCUGCUGUCCAGGGCACUUGCUUACUUUUUUGCAUUUCAUUUUAAAACUGAAUUUCAUUCUAAAACUGAUCAAGCUCACCUGUUUUCUAUUAAUCUUAUUGUAAGUUUAAUGUUUUAAAGGGAGCACAUUGGGUGCAUUAUACUAUUUAAUUGUAUUACUGUAAAGUAUCCAAUAAAUUUGUUUUUAAAAUAAAGUUGCAACUUGUUUUGGUAUUCUGUUAGUCAAAUACCUGCAAAGCCAUAACAAUGAAAUAUUUCAAUAUAAGUUUUAUUUAAGGGAGCAAUAUGUAAUACUGACAGGUAGAGUUUAAAAUGGUGUACUGUAGUCUAAAUUCAGAAUAAUGGAGACAGCUGCUCCCCCGGCCCCUUGUACCCCAGACUCAACGCUCAUGCGGGUUAACAGGUUGAGAACACUAAACCCAACAUCCCAUGAUGUCAGUGUACAUACGGUAUAUAUAGUUGAUGAUAGCCAAAGCUAGCUCGAUACAAAAGCCCCCUGGUCUUA